AUGUUUGCUAAUGCUAUUCGCACUUCUAUCAAAGCGCUAAGAGUGCCCGCGGUGGUUCCCCUGCGUUCUAUGAUGACUUGCACAAAUUACCGCCCGAAUACGAAUCUUCAUCGCUCUCACCCAGGGCAGUUGUAUGUACAAAGAAGAACGUUUUGGGGUCCGGUGGUGAGACUUUUUACUCAGCUUGCUGCCUCUCUCACUUCGACUACAAUCCGAGCGUUCUUCCAAGCCUUCCAAGAGGCUUCAGGUUUGUUUUCGCUUUGCUUUCUGAGAGUUAGCAAAUGCCUCAACAUGUCUCUGCGACAUGGCAUUUCUAUUAACGAGUCCCUCGAGAUCUUAAACAUGAAGCGAGAAGAUGUGAACCCCACAUCUCUUUCGGAGCGGUUCCAACAAUAUUUUGAGGCAAAUGAUCCCAAGACGGGCGGCUCAUUUUAUCUUCAGUCAAAGGUCUACCGUGCUCACGAGGCGCUUUUGGAUGAAUUGGAGCAAUAUGGGUAUAUUCGCGAUGAGAAUGCAGUAGCACAGGCAACUGCGAGUGCUUCUACGUCUGAAAAGACGGAGGACGCGAAGAAAUCUGCCUAA